GGUGAGGUGGUGAAACAGAAAACAGAAAUUACAGAAACGCGAAACGCUCCUGGAGGAGAGGAACUUUUUAGCUGCUGUUGGUUUGUUGUCUGUUCUUUUUCUUGGUGAAAAAUCCCAUUAUUUCACCUCUGCAUGAGAUCAUCAUUCUCAUCCAGAGCGUUUGAAAUAUAAUCUGAAUGAAACGCCGCAUAACAGCAAACGAAACUUUUAGCGAUUGAGCUUAGAAUUUCACAAAACGUUUCAAAAUAUCUGCCUCCAAAAAAGCAGGCUGAUACUUUUUCUGUGCUAGGAAUCGAACAUUGAGAAAAAGCACGUGGUGUGGUGUGGUGGUGCAUUGCUUAGCAAUUACGUAUCUGUAAUCAAAUACAGAUUCGCUAACAAAGAUGGCUUCAACUAAUGUGAUGUCUAUUUUGGCAAAGCACCUUGCUGUUGUGAAAGCUUCUUACAGGCUAGACAAGGUCAAAAUUGACCAAUUGAACCAAACCAUGAGGCAAAAUGAUUUGGAGUACAAUCCCUCGCUGGCAAAAGAAUUCGGCAAUGCUGAGGGUUUGAAAAUGAAGAUAAGUGGAAAUUACUUUUUUGAACGAGGAGAAUACGACAAAGCUAGACACUUCUACACUCAAUGCCUUGCUUCUGUAAUUGACGGACCUUUGGCCGCACAGUCUUAUGGAAACAGAUCUGCAGCUUUAUUUCAUAUGAAGCUGUACAAAGACUGCAUGAAAGAUAUUGAUCGAGCCUUACGCAGUGGCUUCCCUGAAAAUUUGAGAUGGAAAUUAUUUCUCAGAAAAGCCAGGUGCCUUAAAUACCUGGGCCAAGAUCAUGAGCCAGCUUUGCAAGAAGCAAUCCAAGUCAUUGAGAAUUCUGACUUUCCUCUGGAAAUGAAGAAACAACUUGUUGAGGCAGCUAAGCCGGAAGUUGAUAAGGAUGAACCCAGCUAUGAAAAUAAAUUGCCUGAACCCCACUUGUGGGCACUGCCUGAUUUGAGUUAUGGAGUUAAUUCUGAAGUGCCGAGUUUCUCCAACGCAGUUAGUCUUCAGUACAACAAAGACAUUGGAAGACACCUUGUUGCCAACCAGGCCAUUCAAACUGGGGACGUUUUGGUUGUUGACAAAUGUGUGGUGGCCUCUCUUGCUGGUGAAGUUCGUUGGGACUUCUGCAGCCGAUGCUUCAGGUCGAGCAUGGCUCUGGUUCCUUGCUCAAAGUGUGGAUGUGUGAUGUACUGCGGGGAAGAGUGCCGAGACGUUGACUGGAGCUCUGGUCAUGAAUAUGCAUGCUAUUUCACAAAAUGCUGCUAUGACUAUGGUAGCAUGAACAAUGCUUUUGACUCCUUGGACCUGGGCAGGACGACCGUUGAAAUAGGAUCGGGCAAGAUUUUCAACUGCAAUUUGCAGAAAUUGAUUGGAUUCCUCGGACUUGAGAAUAUCAGAAAUGCUGUCAAGGAAGAUAAGGCUCUCGUAUCUUUCUCUGACAAGCGCACUGAAGGAUUUGUGGAUGGGAAAUUGGAAACCCUAAAUUUGGAAAGUAUUCUCUCAAUGAAGGACAACUUGGACAAAAUUGACUCUCAGGAAAAGAGAUCCUUUGCUACUGCUGCACUUAACUUGGCUGGCUUGCACAAGAUUCCAGAUGAAGAGAUGUUCUCCGUUUCUGCACUCUUCUUCAAGCUCUUCUUGAUUCUUAAAUGCAAUUUCAAACCAAUCUACUAUUUUAAGACUGAUUACACCAAGGUUGGACUUCCCAGAGUCGUGGUUGGGUCAGGAUUGCACUUGCCAAGCAACAUCAUCCGGCACGCUUGCGAUGCCAACAUGAUUCAAAUUGGAUAUGGCAGCUCUUUUGUCUAUCGAGCUCGUAGACCCAUUGCUAAGGGCGAGCAGUUGACCGACUGCUUCCUUACUUCAGCCUCUAACUUUGAAUUGCCCCAACGACAAAUGAUGCUUCGCGUAGCUAAUUUUGUGUGCAACUGCGAAGCGUGUGUGCAGAAUUGGCCAGUUUUAAGUAUGCUGCCUGGGCCAAAAAUGGAUGCUGUUGAAAUUCUCCUAAUGAGGCAAGCAGGAAUCAACUUUUCAAACAAGGUGGAGAUAAAGAAGCUCGUCUACUUCUUGCAAUUUGGCAUUGCUUCUGAUUGUCUGCUGCUUCCCAAAUUGAUGGCUUUAUUGAAGGGUUUCCAUGAGAGCAAUAGCAAGCGCAUGACCAAGUGGUACUUCAUGAUGCAAGAGAGCAUCAAGAAUCACUUCCGUGCCAAGGGCAACAACUUCUUCUAUGGUGAUUCAAAGGACAUUUUUGAAGGAAAGAAAAAGUUUGUGUACAACGAAGAACAAUUGAAAAAGACCUGUGGCAAUAUCCAGCAAGCACCGAGCUCGUUCUAAUUCAUCCCAAAAUCCAAUCACCACAUCUUAACUGUCGCGGAAAAUUGUCCCCCACCACGUUCCCAUAAGAAACAACAAUAGUUGGGUGGGGCCCCACCCAAGAUAGGACAAUUUUCCGCAACGGUAACGACAUGAAAUUGAUAAACCUGCUUCCAUGAAUCACUAUAGAAUUAACUGUUCUAUGAUGUAAUAAUUUGUUUUGAUAACUUUUUGCAUCUGAAAACCGUUAUAAUUAUUUCAUAAUUUUUAUAUUAUUAAAUUUUGCUGCAGCUUAAAUUUUCUGGAAUUAAUUAAAAAAAUCAUAUAGAGACAUGUAUUUUCUCCCUGUGAGAAAAAAGUGACCAGCAAAAAUAAUUUUUGUUCCAUUGUAAUAAAAGUGAACAUUUAUUUUGAAAGUUAAUAUUUUGUAUAUUAAAAUUCAAGAAAUAAAUAAAGCGCUCAUAACUAUAUCCACAAUAACUUACUAUUUUCUUAA